GACACUAAACUGUCAGCUAUCUAAUUGACAGCUAUAUGACUGCCAGCUAUUUGACUGCCAGCUAUUUGAUUGCCAGCUAUCUGACCAUCAGCUAUCUGUCCACUGUCUGACUGCCAGCUAUUUGACUGUCAGCUAUCCAACUGUCAGCUGUCUGUCAACUAUCUAACUACCAGCGAUUUGACCGCCAGUUAUCUAACCGUCAGUUAUUUAUCUGUCAACUAUCUAACAGUCAGCUAUAUGACUAUCAGCUAUUUGACUGACAGCCAUCUAGCUAUCUGUCAACUGUCUAGCUUGCCAGCUGUAUGACUACCAGCUAUCUGACUGCCAGCUAUCUGACUGCCAGCUAUCUGACUCCCAGCUAUCAGACUCCCAGCUAUCUGUCAGCUAUCUCAUUAUCCUAAUUCUAUCUAAAUCCUUCAAACGAAUUAAACAAACCACUUAAAAUAUCAAACUGCCCCAACAUAAACCAAACACCUUCAAAGUUCUUCGAACUUCCCAACAUUCUCCUCUGCACAAUAGCACCUAUCACCAGUUCCAAAUUAUCGGUCGAAACUGUGAAAUCGGUGUCCAACAUAAACACGAACCCAAGACCUGGAUACUAAGGUGUUUCGAGUAUUGCAGGAGCGAGGCAGCUGGGCCAUCAGUAACCCGAAGCGUUCAGGUGUCCCAUCAGAAGGAAUCAGCGUCGGUAGCCAGCAGGAAGGCCACUUUUCGGGAGAGUGGGACGACGUAGCAGCGUCCGAGGAUAGCUUCCAAUCCAGGAAGGGAAUUGGACGCGGGCCAGAGCAACGGAACGGGACGCCUUUGGCCUGCACGAUAUCCGGGACAAACUCGGCGGGAAUCUAUGGACCCGGGACGGAGCUGUUUGCGGAACGUUUCCGUGCGAUUAUGCGCGCCUGGGCCGCGAGUAAGCUGUUCUUCGCUCGAAGAUUUUUUUUCAGAUCUUCAGGAACUGACCAUUGGAUAACCUGGACAAGGGACCUCAUCCCAGAUUUCUAAUAACAAGAUAAAUUCUUCACAAGACUCCGACGGGAGAGAGAAGUUCGUCGAUUUUCCUGGCGUCCCGGAAGCGAGGACAACAACCCAUCGUCCACGGUGUGCGUCCGUGUGGCCAGCAUUCGGGUAGCUCGUCCCGCGUACAUACUCGUCCGAACUAUAAUGCUGGCGGCUGACGGUUUCGGUGAUCGACGACGACGCGGACGGUGAACUGGUGACAGUGUGAAAUCGAUCGUCAGAGAAACCUGCUAGCGACCGGGCGUUCACUAAAUAUAGCCGGGAAUAAUGGCCAGCGCGACAAUGGGUCUCCGUCGCAGAGUGCCGGUGAACAAUUCGCCGACCCCGUCGAGCCAAUCCACGUCCGCGGCCACCGGCUCGUCCAGCAAGCGUUCAAGGUCCGAGAACAACAACAGCCCGUCCCAUGGUAACCUGAACUCGAUGAACGGCACACGGGACGAGCCGCCGGCGAAGAAAUCCCGCGGAACGUCCACGAACGCCUCCAAGACGUCGUCCCCGGAGAGCAGCCCUGCGUCCAAGAGCCGAGGAGGAUCCGUGUCCAGGUCUAACGCGCAGUCCAAGACCUCCGUGUCCAACACGGACGUGACGAGCAACGGCGUUUUGUCCACCAGCUGGACAGCCUCGACGAACAUGUCCGACGUGUCCACGUACGCGUCCGUACCCGGUCUGAGCAUGGCGCCCAGUCCAAACGCCGGCCUAUGUGCCGGGGGCCUCAGCAUGCCCACCCCGAUUCCGUACAUGUCCUCGUCGAUGGCGACGUUCGUCGGGAACGCGACCAACCUCGGCAAGAGCUCGUCCGUGUCGUACCUGGACAUCUCGAACAUGACCGGCGGAUCUCUCAGCUCGAGCGCCUCCGCGGGUCUCAACGGCGGCUACGUCGGCAACGGGAACGCGGGCAACGUGAUGGACUCCAAGAACGUACCCAUGCCGUUCACGGGCAUCACCCCGGGUGUAAACGGCUCCGCGGCCUUCGGGAUGCAGAAGGGACAAACCGACAGUGCCGGACUGCCCAAGAAGUUUCAGAACGACGGUAUGUUUAACGCGUAUCAACCGUGGGUGAUCAAGACUUACGGCGACUUGGCCAAGACCAAAACGAUCACGAUCAAAAAGUACGCGCGUAUAUUGAGGACAUUGAGGGGGGAGGAGGUGAACAGUGCCGAGAACAGUAAAUUCCGAUUUUGGGUGAAGAGCAAGGGCUUCCACAUCGGCCAACCGGAAGGAUACGACGCGAAACCAGCGGACAGGAUUAUCGGCCGUCAUGCAGUGACGAGCCCCGGAUUGGAUCCGCCGUUGUACGUGCCCACACAGCUGCCGCACAACAAGGCGUUAAAUGGCGCUGAAGGAACAGUACCACCCGGAAGAGUGUACAAGAAAGUGGCAAUCGUGGAGAACUUCUUCGACAUUAUUCAUGCUGUCCAUGUUGACCUUGAGGGUCGUCCGGGAAAGCAUGCUGGUCAAAAGAGAACGUACAGGACGAUCACGGAAACGUACGCCUUUCUUCCCCGAGAAGCGGUAACGCGAUUUCUGCUGGGCUGCACGGAAUGCCAACGACGGCCGCGAACCCCAAGCCCAACGAAUUUAUCCAACCAAUCGCAGUCCACGUCUACGACGCCGCUAACGACGGCGACGACAUUGACGUCGACGACGACACCGACACCGUUGAGCCCGCAGCAGGCGGGCGCCGCCCUCACGACCGCGUCGACGACGUCGGUGCAAAGUAGCCCUAAGCCGCGCGAGGGAAAUCACGAGAGCAAGGGUCUGUACAGUUACAGGCAUCAAAAGCAUCAAAAGGGGAGCGUCGUCGUCGGUACGACGGACAAGACCGAUAAGGAGAAGGAGGAGAAAUACAAUCCCCUGAGUAUCACGAAUUUGCUGAAGAAGGAGCCCGUCACCGGCAGUUUUUUGCCGAGCGCCGAGAGCCUGCCGGAGUCGAGGAGAACCCCGGAGUCGGAUCGAGCCAGCUCGAAAAGCUCGGCCUCGUCGAAGAGGAAAAGGAUGUUGCCAGAGGGCCGAACACCAUCCCCUCAGCCCAGCCAACCGUUGCCAAGGCCGUGGAGUCCUGGACUCGAUCCCAAGAACACGCCCAUCGACUACAGUCUUCCCAUCACUACCUCGUACCUGAAGCAUCAGCAGAGGCUACUGCAGGCGGAGAAAAAGGCAGCGGCGUUAAAGGAGACCGAGCUCGAACAGAAAGUCACCGUUCUGCCCACGGACGAGAUCGACAACGAGAGGGACAGAUACUCGCCGGCCACGGGAUUGAUCGAUACCAAUCUCAACCUAUUGGCCACCAUUCAGCACCUGCACUGCCAAGUGAUGCUGGCCCUCACCGAGAGGCUCAGACCCUCCAUGACCGUGCCCAGCCCCCUCGUUUUGCCCGCAGCUAAUGUACUCUCCAACGGUAUAAUCAUCGGCUCCGAGGUAUCGGUGCAGACCGGCGAGAACCACGCGUGAACGACACACCCUUCCGUCGCGUUUUAGACAUCGGAUUUUUAUUUCUCGAAUCGAGACAAAGGGGCUAAAUGCGUCCUCGGAAGCGAUCUAACGCGACUCGAGCUGCCAUUCAAACGCCCGGCUAACGCGAUCAUCUAUUAAAACCGGAUAAGAUCAAUUACUUGGUCGGCGUCGCGGCGUCAACGUCAGUUAAGCCGGCCAGAGUUGGCCGGAUCGCGUUCCCGAUAUAGCCGGCGAAACGAGACGCGGAAUUAUUCGUGAGCCUGUCAAAAUAUGGGUCGACCGUCGCAUGUCACCGAUUUAUAGACGAGCCGCGAUCGACCGCAGACCGAAAUCCGCUUUUCCUGACCCGGCCGUUCGAUAUUUCGAGAUCCGGUCGUUGAACAGCCGAGAAUGGACUCGGGGAUAGCUCUUGAAUGUUUAAUCGCCGGGCAAGAUUGCCCCGAGGAUGUAGCCUGACUCGUUGUGUGCCUGGGUGACCCGCGAUUGAUAAGUGACUCGUUCUCCGACUACGUUCGAAUUGCGGCGAUAUAUCGAGACUUUGUCGACAAUUUUCGUUACCGAUGCGCACAAUUACGUUUAGUUUGAACCGCGAGAUUUCUGAGUUAUGGAUCGACUAAAUGGGACCUCACUGUGUAACACGAACGUUAAUUAAACCAAAGGUGGACGAUCUGGGGAUAUUCGAGUGAUGGGAACGGUUCCGUAGGUGUAACUUGUUCGACGCAAAAGUUUUUCGUAUUUCACCGUGUAGACUAGCUUUGUGUAUGAUAUUAAGCUAGAGGGUAGUUUUCUUCGUGUAUCAUAAAUAGCUUGGACCCUUGAGAACGGGCUGUCAUUCAGCGUGUGAUCAGACAUGUUUGUACUAGAAGUUUGAUAAUCGUUGUGAAAGUAGAUACAGAAAUGUUGAGGAAUACACGGAAGUGUUAAAUAGCACCGGAUCUAUUAUUUUGUAUAUAAUCGUUGUAACAUAGCGCAGAUAGUUGUUAAGGGUAAAGCGAGCGAUUGUAUUAUUAUAUUGCUUUAUUAUUAUUAUUAUUAUUAUUACUAUUAUUACCGUGUCAGUUAU